AUGUCAGACCCAUUCUACACGGACUCGGCCGAAGUCCUCCAAGACUGCCAAGCGCACAAGGACGACCUGUCCUACCUGUUCGACUUCGAGCGCGGGUUCGCGCCGCAGAUGCAUAGGAUAUGUUACAGGCAGAUGGCCGCGCUGGAGAGGGACGGAAUGGCCAGUCAGGAAGAGGUCGAGGCGUUGAGGCUGGAGUGUAAUACCUGGUCUUUAUUGCAGACUUUAUGGCGAGAACGCAAACAAGACCCCCCAACCAUCCCCCCCGCCCGCACCCUCCUCACCCAAAACCCCUUCACACCAACAAAAACGCUCAUGAACUCAAUAAUCUCCAACUCGCCCAUCCUCUCCGAGCUCUCGAGCGUGAAAGAAUGGCUGUACGAUACCGCGCCCGACCCGGGGAUGGUGGACGCUGCGGACGGGUAUUGGCGGUUCACGAAGCAUCGGAUUGUUCAUGCGCUCAGGACGCGGAGCGAGACUGGAAAUGUUGUGAGGUGUAUGGAUCCGGAUGCGCCGGAGAGGGAGGAUAGGGCUAUCGCCGCGGAAGAUGCCGCAUACGAAAACCAACUGGUCCGAACGCUCUACGCCCACGUCCGAAAAGGCGACUUCGAAUCCGCAUACGAGCAAUGCACACGUGCGCGGCAGUCCUGGCGCGCGGCGAGUCUGCGAGGCGCAGAGGCGUUCUCGUGGCCGGCUAUCUCGAACCUGUCGUACGACCCCGAGAAAGAGUCCGAAGACCCGAAAGGAAACAGACGGCGCGCGUUGUGGAAGGCGGCGUGUACGCGCGCUGCGUUGGACAUCCGCCUCCCAGACUCCGAACGAGCCCUCUACGCCGCCCUCGCCCCCUCCUCCCAAACAUCCACCACCCUCGAAUCCGCAUGCCGAACAUGGGAAGACAUCCUCUGGGCGCGCAUCUCCGUUCUUCUCGAGGAGAAAGGCAGCGCGGAGCUCGAGGCGGUUGGUGGAAGUGUUUGGGAGCGGGAACGCGGUAUUCCUCCUGUUGAUGUGGAGGAGGAGGACGGGGAGGACGAGGAGAUGAGGGAGGCGAGGUUGAGGGACGAGGUUUAUGAGGAGCUUGCUAGUCUGAAUUCGGUCGCUGUGGAUGACGGCGCCCCAGCCGACCACCCAUUCCGCAUAUCCCAGCUGCACAUAAUCCUCAACAAAACGCCGCACCUCCUCACAGACUUCGCAACGCGCCUCUCCUCCCACCCCCUUCAAAUCGACACCUCCUCCCCGCAGUACCCCUCCCUCACGCGCUUCUUCGCGCACCUGUGCCUCUUCAUGCGCAUGGCGGACGAGGAGCAGCACGUCAGCCCGUUCGUCACGCAGGUCAUAUUGGAGGCGUAUCUGGGCGUGCUGGAGCGGGAGGGCCAGCGCGGGUUGAUCGCGAUGUAUGCGGGGGCGUUGGGCGAUAAUGCUGUGGAUCGAUACGCGCAUUUUCUCGCGGGACUCGAGUUGUCGCUCGACCGUAAGGCCCGCGGCGAUACGCUCGCAGACGCAGCGAAGUAUGGAUUGGACACCGUACGCGUCGCGGAGAAGACCGCGGAGCUCACGGUGCAGCGGGCGUUGGAGGCGCUCGGUGGCGGGAACUUUACGGGCGAUUCGUUACCCGACCUCGAUCAGACGGAGGAGGAAGGGCUCGAGGAGAGCGGGACGGAGGAGAUGUUGUUCCGCGCGAUCGAGUGGACGACGUUCGGGGACGAGAUGGCGGGGUUGGCGGUGAGGCAUGUGUGUCUUGCGCUGCGGUACUUCCUCAAUGUCGGCAAAGUAUCGAUCGCGCGCAGGCUCUACCAAACCUACCAGUCCCUCUCCCCGCCCCCCGCGUCGAACUCCUCAGCCACAUCCGAGCUCCAAGCCUACAUCACGCUCUUCAACGCCUGGGAAGUCCUCGCGCGCGCACGUGCGCACGCCGAUAUCAUGCAGAUGCAGCUGCGGCGCGAGAGCCGCGCGCAGAGCGUGCACGAUUAUCGCAAGUUGGUUGACCGUGCGCGAGAAGUGGUUGUGGAGGAUGUGUUGCAGAAGGACUGGGCGGUGCUUGGGGAGGAGGAGUGGGAGGGGGACGCUGUUCCCGACCGCCAACACCUCCUCGCCCUGCACCGCCUCCGCCUCCUCUACAUCCCGUCCCUCCUCACCCGCCUACACACAACGCUCCUCGCCUCGCGCCCCUACAUCCCCGAGAACGUCAAGCACGCGCUGCAGCUAGCCAACGUGGUCGCGGACGAGCGGUACGGGAUUUAUCUGCUGCUGAGCGAGAUGGACGGGGCGCUGGAGGCGUAUCUGGACGGCGUGGGCGAGUGUUUGCGGGUCGGGGUUGAGGGGGGCGGGGGGGAUGUGCUUAGGGUUGUUAGGGCGCGGAGGGGGUAG